AUGGCGGCGCCCAUCGUUAACCGCACCCCCCUUCCCCAGCGGCCGCCUUCAGCACCCUUCGCAGAACCGGCCAGGGCCCCCCCCGCCGCCCCCCCGCCAUGGACGGGGACCCCCCCAACGCUCCGCGCCCGCCCCGGCGCGGGGGACCCCCCCGGGGCCGGCGAGACGCUGAUCUCCGAGGGCCGAGCCACCAUCCUCUUCCCCAGCGCCAACGAGGUCUUCUACAACCCCGUGCAGGGCUUCAACCGAGACCUGACCUGUGCCGUCAUGACGGAGUUCGCUCGGCUCCAGCUGCAGCCGAAGGGGAUCCGGGUCGUCCUCCCCGGAGAGGAGAAGAUGGACACAGGCGGCCCCCACCCGCUGGAGGACGGUGACGGUGACACCGCGCCGGCGCCUGACGGCACCGAGGCCCCGCGGACGGCGAAGCCGGGAGAAGUGUGCGAGGGGGGGCUGCGGGUGCUGGAGGCGCUGGCGGCCUCGGGGCUCCGCUCCAUCCGCUUCGCCAAGGAGGUGCCGGGGCUACGGGCCGUGGUGGCCAACGACUUCUCGGCCCGGGCAGUGGAGCUGAUGAGCCGCAACGUGGCCUUCAACGGGGUGGGGGACCUGGUGGCCCCCCGCAUGGCCGACGCCAGGAUGCUGAUGCACCAGUGCAAGGCGGACAGGGAGCCCUUCGACGUGAUCGACCUGGACCCCUACGGCAGCCCCGCGCCCUUCCUGGACGCCGCCGUGCAGGCGGUGGGCGAAGGAGGGCUGCUCUGCGUCACCUGCACGGACAUGGGGGUGAUGGCGGGGAACAGCGCCGAGACCUGCUACAGCAAAUACGGGGCCGUGUCCCUCAAGGGCAAGUUCUGCCACGAGAUGGCCCUGCGCAUCAUCCUGCACAGCCUGGACAGCCGCGCCAACUGCUACCAGCGCUUCAUCGUCCCCCUCCUCUCCGUCAGCGCCGACUUCUACAUCCGCGUCUUCGUGCGGGUCUUCACGGGGCAGGCGAAGGUGAAAGCCUCGGCCAGCAAACAAGCCCUGGUGUAUCACUGCGUGGGCUGCGGCACCCACCACCUCCAGCGCCUGGGCAAGGUCACGAGCCACGGCACGGGCUUCAAGUACGGGGCAGCCACGGGGCCGCCCGUGGGUCCCACCUGCGAGUUCUGCCAGCAGCGGCACCAGCUGGGUGGCCCCAUGUGGGCUGAGCCCCUGCACGACCCGGCUUUCGUGGAGCGGGUGCUGGCGGCGCUGGAGAGGAGCCCCGGGCGCUUCCAGACGGAGGAGCGGAUGCGGGGGAUGCUCAGCGUCAUCACCGAGGAGCUCGGCGACGUCCCCCUCUACUACACCCUCGACAGCCUCAGCAGCACCAUCCACUGCAACACCCCCUCCCUGCUGCAGGUCAGGUCCGCCCUCCUGCACGCCGGCUACCGCGUGUCGCUCUCCCACGCCUGCAAGAACGCCGUCAAGACAGACGCGCCCCCCGCCGUGCUCUGGGACGUCAUGCGCUGCUGGGCCAAGAUCCACCCGGUGAAGCGCGAGCGACUGGCAGAGACCAGCCCGGCUUCCCGCAUCCUCUCGGUGGAGCCCACGCUCCAGGCCUCCUUCGCCCUCCGUGACGACGCCAACCCCAGCUCCAGAAAACGGGGCUUGAAGCGGUUCCCGGAAAACCCCGAAGCCUUUUGGGGUCCCAAAGCCAGGGCCAAGGCUGGGGGUGGCAUCUCUCCCUCCCUCCAGGAGAAGCGGAAGCGCCACCAGAACAAACGGACGGAGCGGACGGACGACGACAGCGGCGCCAGCCUGAAACAGUUCCCCUGCAAACGCUUCAAGGAGGGAAACUGCUCCCUGGGGGCUCAGUGCUGUUACUCACACGAGGGGGAGCCCCCGGCCGCCCCCCGGCCCUGACGCCGCCCCCCGCAUUAAACCGUGCCUGAGAAAAAGUCUCGUGGUUUUUAAUA